AUGUCGCCGCCAGCCAUCAUCAAUCCCAGUGUCCUUUCAGCAGAUUUCGCUGAGCUAGGCAAAGCAUGCCGCGACGCGAUGGACUGGUCGAGUGACUGGCUUCACCUUGAUGUAAUGGAUGGUCAUUUCGUGCCCAAUAUGACUUUCGGUGCUCCAGUCAUAGGCAAGCUGCGAAAGCACGUUGACAAGCCAACAGAGGCUGGCGGAAAGGGUACCUUUGACUGCCACAUGAUGAUUGCAGAGCCAAUGCGCUGGGCAUCCUCUUUCCGAGACGUAGGAGCGGACAUGUACUGCUUUCAUUACGAAGCCGCCAUGACCUCAGUUGCAGCUAAAGAGCCAGCAGACAAGGACACUUCGGAAAAAUGCUCACCAAAGAGUCUCGUUCGCUACAUCCACGAGCUAGGGAUGCAAGCAGGAAUUGCAAUAAAGCCUGGCACAAGCGUCGACGUACUAUGGGAGAUUUUGGAAGCGGAGGACGAGAAAGAAAGACCUGAUAUGGUCCUAGUAAUGACAGUUGAACCCGGUUUCGGUGGCCAGCAAUUCAUGGCAAACCAGCUUCCAAAGGUUCAGGCUCUACGCAAGAAUUAUCCAAAUCUAAAUAUCGAAGUCGAUGGUGGUCUGGCAGAAGGCACAAUCGAUCAAGCUGCAGAGGCCGGGGCAAACGUGAUAGUGGCAGGCAGUGCGGUUUUCGGUGCCAAAGAUCCAGCGCAUGUUAUUAGUGUGCUAAGAGAAGCGGUAAACAAGAGAAGAGGUGGUGAGAAGCUAUAG